GAAGAAAAAAAAAAAAAAAAAAAGGCCAGCCUUCCUGUUUCUUUAAAGCCGCUCAUCUGCGCGGCGGGCCGGCUGCCGGCGGUGGGAGGCAGGCUGCGGGGAGCCGCGGACGGACGGACGCACGCACGCACGGACUGAGAAAGCCGGCCCGCCAGCGCUCCGCUGCCCGCCGCGGCCGAGCGGGCGCAGAUGGGCGGCGGCGGCAGCGGGGCGGCGGCGGCAGCAGCAGCAGCAGCAGCAGCAGUAGCAGCAGCGGGAGCGGAGCGGCGGAGCGGCCGCUGCUGAGCGCACCCGCGUAGCGCCCCGCGCCAUGCGGAGCACGCCGCUGGCGGAGGGCGAGCCCUGGCCGCGCCUCUGCGCCGCCGAACUCGGGGGGCUGCGGCGGCUGCGGCGCAAGCACGGCUGCAAAAGUUUCCGCGUGGAGCUGAAAGUGCUGAGCGGGAGGCGGACGGGGCUCCGCGCUCCCCCCCCGCCGCCCCCCGCCGUCCCGCCGCCCGCCUGGGAGCCGCGCAGCGCCGCGCUCGGCGCCGCCGCCGCCUUCCCCGCCGCGCCGCCGCCGCCGCCCCCCGCCGCCCGCCCGCCGCCGCCGCCGCCCGCCGCCUCCCCGCGCCCGCGGCCGGGCGAGGCGUCCGGCGUCUCGCCGGAGAUCAAAGCCCUGCAGCAGACGCGGCGGCUGUUGGCCAACGCCCGGGAGAGGACCCGCGUCCACACCAUCAGCGCCGCCUUCGAGGCGCUGCGGAAGCAGGUUCCCUGCUAUUCUUAUGGUCAAAAGUUGUCCAAACUGGCCAUCUUGAGAAUAGCCUGUAACUAUAUCCUUUCCCUGGCCAGACUAGCAGACCUGGAUUACAGCGCUGACCACAGUAACAUGAGCUUCUCUGAAUGCGUAGAGCAGUGCACUAGGACCUUACAAGCAGAAGGAAGAUCUAAAAAAAGGAAGGAGUAAUAACCAGGAAGGGAGGAUUCAGAAGAGCUUCCAGCCAGAGUUACAUCUGUUCUUGGCAAAGGUUGCAUAAUCCAGAUGAAGACUGCAAGCAGCUUUUUUGCAGAAACCCCUUUUCGAGAUGACAAUUGGCCAAGGAACUCUCUUAAUCUCUGGAACAGAAAGGAAAAAAGGAAAAGAAAAAAAAAGGAUGGGAAUGCUUCUUAUUGUUGUUAAGCCAGCCACCUUCUAGUACGUGCAAUUUAUUUAGCACUUUUCCCUUUGCUUAACUGGGAAAUGUUACCCUCUCAGCUCAUGUGUACAGUAAUUUUUUGUUGUUGUUGUUGCUGUUGUGCCAAAGAUUUGAUGGAGCUUCUACACUGUGUCUUAUUUUUGCCUUAACGUUAAAUCUUUGAGCCAAAGAAAAGUCAGAGGUGCCAUUCAGAUGGUGGCGAGCAGGCCAGCCAGCUGUCGGAGACAAAUCCGAAUUUCUGAGUCCUUCUGUGAGUCGCCUCUUACUUCUCCUGCCCGCACUUCUCUGCCUGCAGCCCAGGAGCCAGCGUUCAGUGUGGGCAAGAGCUGGGACAACACCAAGUCGUGCUUCGGCGUUCAGAUUUGCUUCUUUCUUUGAGCUAUUCCAUAGUUCUGCCUUUUGGGCAGUUUCCCGACGUUCCUGCCUGUGCGACACAUCCACAGGGUAGAAAUACUGACACAAAGUGAGAGCUGAAAAAGGAGCUAUGAUUUUUUUUUUUUUUAAUAAAUAAAUAAAAUUAAAUAAGCAAAAGCUAAGUGCCAUGUAAAGAAAAAAAAGAAAAAAACCAACCCAGGAUAUCAAAAGAAAGUUCAGCUAGGCAGAAUGAAAGGCAGCAAAACGAUUCAGCGGGCGUUUCAAGUUUGUGAAGUCUUUUUUCUGUGGGUUUUUUCAAGUGGUCAGAAACCCAUGUAAUGCAAAAGCAUUUGAAUCCUAUACUGUACCUUUCACUUCAAAUUGAAGUAAAAAAAAAAAAAAUUGAGAAACAUUUGCUUGGAGUAAGCAGACUUUAUAGGUAAUGCAGUUCAUAUGCAAGACAUCUGCUAAUGAUGGGGGGGCAGAGCUCUGUGUUCAAGUAAAAAAAAAAAAAGGGGGUUUCCAAACCAAGGAGAUUAACAUAUUUUGUUUCCCACUCAAGGGGAAAGGUUAUGUGUGAGGCCAGAUUUGCAUCUUGGCUACAUCAGCGUAAAUCAGGUUCCCAGGUGUCUGACUUACUCCAGUCCGAAUCUGUCCAGGCAUCGCUGGGCGCUGGGGAGGGCGAGGGGCUGGGGCAGGGGGAGGGAAUCGUCUCUGUUUUACUGACAUGAAUAUAAAACUUGAACUCCUCGGUGCCUGCCCGUUUAUUUCCCAAGCUGAGCAGUUGGCAGAUGAACAUGGAGCUGGGGAGCUGGUAUGCAAAACCUGAGCUCACCGGAGCAGGGUCUGGGGUGCCAGGCUGCACGGUGACGGUCUGCUCGCUGCCAGGUCCCCUGGCUCAGGCGAGGAUGGGCGAGCUCCCGGUGAGGAUGCUCGAGAUGUCUGCUACCUGAUUCCUGGGACGCAUGGGGGACGGCUGUGUCCAAGCCCCUUCCCAGGAGCUCUUUAUACUGCUCACCCCUCCACCCUCACCGCCGGUCAUUAUUAGCAGCCCAAUAAAAUACAUUUUUAGAUUGUAAUUUGUAUUUCUUUAUUAAAGCACAGUUUUUAACCCUGUCUUUUGU